ACGCUGGCGAUCGCAAGCACACUGGCACAGCAUGACGACCGAUGAGCAACCGGCGGUCCAAAAUGAGGAGUCCUUAGUCAGUUCAUGCCUGUCUAUGAAGCAGCUUCAGGCACCUCACGCCGCGCCAUGCUCUCGUCCACGCACAUUUUUCGCUUCAAUCCCUGGUCCGUCCCAAGUAAUUCAACUUCCUCGCGGCCAUAGAACUCUAUCUCUCAACGAGGAUGGAUACAAAACCUUUACUAUCGAACUGCCCGUGAAGGAGAAUGAUACAAGACAGAGUACUUCUGCUACAUGCGUUGCGUUGAUGGACGCACAUGGACCUGGCUUUGUUCCUCCUCUGUCCAAAAAAGCGCUCGAAACUUGGCGCGGGAGCCCAGGACAACAAUUCUUGGCUCUUCUUGGCAAUGUACUGGUGACUGUACUGGGGCGGAUAAUCAGGAGUCUAAUUUCGGAAUGUGGGUCCGACACCUAUGCUCUUGAACUUACAAGGCGGUUGGACACACUGCACCAAGAGCUAGAUAAUGAGCUACAAGUCAGGGAUGCUGUUUUGGCGGAGAAUUGUGGUGCCAGCUUGGCCCUUGCUAUUCUCAUUGACGGUGAUAUAUGGCUCUGCAAUAUCGGUGACUGUUCCAUGAUGCUUUUUAACAAAAGCAAUGGAGAGCCUUUAAAAGUAUGGAGUAAUGAGGGUGAUACUAGUGCCCCUACGUCAUGUCCCGAUACCCUGAAUCUUAGCACAGAAAGAGAGGGAUUGAUAGAACGCGAUCAUGAGAGAAUGCAACAUUGCAUUCGGCGGGCAUGUGGCCCUAACGGCAUUGCACGAUAUAUUGUAUGCAGUCCGCAUAGUGCAUAUGCUAUCUUCAAAACAAACUGCGUCGGAAGUUUCGGGCACAAACACCAAUUGUUAAAGCGUACGUCUGUCUAUAAAUUUUGUAUCCGGGAGAUCUGUGAAAAGACGUCAGAUGGCUCCGUGAUUGUGGGACUAGUCUCUGAUGGAGUCACUUCUUUGAUGACACCUUCAGUGAUUGGGAGCACUUUGGUAUCCAUUGAGAAGACGUGCUCCAUUCUUGGCGGCGUUGAAAACCUCUUGAAUGGCCCGAUGGAUGGGCGACCUUCAGGGCUGGCGACAGGGAACGUCAGAGAUCGAGCUGCAGAGCUGCUGCAUGGAGCUAUACAGCAUCAAAAAACUCGCUCAACCAGUGGUCAUCAUGUCCCUUUAAAACUGGCCUCCGAGGCAGUAACCAGUCUUGCGUCCUUGCUUGGAGCUGAGAAAGAUGCAUCGGUUAUGUUCUUUGACCUGGGGGAAACACAGGAAGAACGUAAACAAUUUGCAGCAAAGUUGGAAGAAGCAGAAACCACACCACAAGAGGCACCACAAGAAGCGCAAGUCAUACCACGGCAACUACGAGCUGAAGAGCAUGUGAUAACACCGGGAACGCUUCUGUUUUCACCUGAAAUGCCGCUGCUUUCCUCUGUCAUCAUGUUACCGGAGAUUUCCACCGCUCGCCAAACUGGUCAUGCUUUUGCCUCGGAAAGUCGAGAUCAGCUCCGGAUUGAUUUCUGUGAUACCGCCAAGCUUGCAUUUUCUGAAUCAGAUAUGCUCGAUUCAGUCAGAACAAUUUUACAAACGCGAUACCAUGAUGGCAAAAAGCGUCGGAGAGAAAGCGAUAACGAAAAUCCCGGGACUACUGGUCAUAUGAACUUUUCGCCUACGAUUCAAGAACUGUUGCAGCGAGCGAGAGACAUCCGAGCUGAAAUGCAGGACAGCGCACCCACUUUGCAACCUGAAUUUGAGACGGACGGGGUUUCCGGUAGCAGCCCAGCGAUUGAAGGAGACAUUGCAGACACUAUUAGCAAACCAUCUGUGGAGGUUAGCUCGUAUGAGUCACCAUCACCAAGGAAAAGACGCAAGACUGGGAUGCAUGACCAUUGUACUGUCGAUGCCGAAGCAACCCCUUCGCGACCAGAUCCAACUUCCAACUCGGCAGCUUCGCAACCUUCGGAACGUGCAGCGCUAAGAAAUGAAGGAGAGGAUGGUCAGGAAUUGGUUUCGAGUCCAACGACUGAUGGGUUGGCAAUGCCUAUCAGAAAUGACACAGUCGAUAACUCAAAUCAGUAUGCGCAAGAUCACUGUGACGGCAAGAUGGUAUCUGACGAUUUCCAGCUGGAAGUCAAGGGGAUCGCGGCGGCAAAACAAGAGGUCCACAAGGAAGGGCAAGACGAUACUGGCAUGCGCGAUCGCAUGGAACCGGUUGCCGAUAGUGACGAGGCAAUGGACGUGGAUGUGCCUUUGGAAGACAAAUGUGAAACGCUACCUGUAAUCAGCGAGGGGGCAAUGCACGAUGUGUCCUCUGUUCCGUAUGAAGCAGAGCUUGACUCCAAUGUCACCGAUGUGGAUUAUGUCUCACAGAUUGAGCACGAGACGGAUACAACUUGUCAGCAGCGAAGCGAAAGCUGCCCGUCAACUAAUGUGGUAGUUCCAUCAUUAGGGUGUAUUAUGGAAGAGAAUCCUGCGAAGCGGGUGGCUUCGGGUGCUGAACCAUCUAGCGUCAUGCCCCAGCCGGGAUUUGAAGCAAUGCAUGAUAUCCCACUAGAUGGUGCUCACCGUGCAGGGGUGGUUGAGAAUUCCUCCCAAUCUCAAGCCCAUUCCGCAGUGAUGAUGGAUGCUGAUGGGCCUUGCGAAAGAGACACCAUUCUCCCAGCGAGGGCCUGCAACGUAGAGAUUGAAGCGCUGCCACGUACGGAUUUGACUACAACCUCUACUAAUCCUGAGAAUAAUAGCACUGGGCCAUCUAUAUGCGAUACUGAACUGGCAGGAGACGAUGGUCUUACGCGACGUCAGGAGGACAUCAAGUGCGUAACGGAGCCCUACCAAUCGGACUCUGAGAAGGCCCCGGAAGGCUCACCGGAAGGAGAUCACAACGACGUGAUGGACAUCGCAGACGGCACAGUUAGCGAUUCAUCCGCACCGAUCAAAAUAUCUCAUGAUGAUACCCGGUCGAAUCAGAAAGAAUGUGGAAUCAUUCACGUCACCAUAGAGGGCGCUAGUUUAAAGGUCGAAAUGGAAGACGAAGAGUCAGGUGCUGAGGAAAACAUGGGAACACGGGAACGAAUUUCCUUCAAACAUGGAGAGGAUACCGAAUGCCAUUCAGAUAUCGAUGCGUCAUCUAAUCGAGUUAGUGACUAUGCUGACAGUCAGACAACUUGCGCUGGCAGUGUCGCGUCACCCAUCAUAGGAGAUGACAUUCCAAACACUGUUGUUGCUGAGGAACAGAUGGUUGAAUAUGAAGGACUGGGUACCCCGGAGGUCGCAGAACUCACAUCAAGUCCGACUGAACUUCCAAACGUUGCUGUCGACGAAGAGGGGAUUGGACAUGAAGAACAAGAUUCCCCCGAGGCGGAAGACGUCGACGCAGGCGUCAACAUGAGCAAGGAAAUGGAGCCCAGGGUUUUUACAUUCCAUGAGCCGUCGAUGCUACUCACGAAAACAUACAAUUGCGGCUUCAGUUUUGCUGAAGGGUCUCGUCAAUUAGUAUCCCAAGAAGCAGUAGUUGAUCGUCAGGAAGAAAUUACGGUACAGUUAACCAAUCCGGAUGGGAACCGUGAAAUUCAUGGUCUUGGCAUUGCUGACUGUCAGGACCAAUUGGUUCAUGAGGAGGCAAUGCAUACCUCAAGAUCUGUUGAGUCUGAUGGAACAGCAGCUACCAAUAAAUCAGCGCACUCCAUUGAGAACUCACAAGGAAAUCGGCUCCAUGUUGACAGAGAGCAGUUGAGUGGCCAUGGGCAAAAUGCCGACUUAUCCGUUGCUCUGUCUGAGUCAAUUAGUUUGGGGCCGCGGUUGAGAACACAAGGCGAGGAGUCCGACGACGAAGACAAGAAGAUGCGGGAGGAUGCGGUUGAUUCAGUACCGCUCGAUCAUCUGGACAAUCCUGACGAUGGACUCGAGGGAGAUGUCUCAGCGCCGCCAAACUUGGAGGGUGACAAGGACGACUGCAUGGAUGAGGAAGAGGCAGAUCAACAACCUGCAGCUUCUGAUGAAAUGGAGGGUGAACAGUGGUGCUAAAUUAUAAGCUUAAUGUAUCUGCACAAAAUUCCUGGUGCUCGUUGACUUGGCUGCAUUUGAUUUGUGGUGUAGCACAUUUUGAUGUUAUCGACUGAAAUCUGAAUCUGGCUAUUUUCCA